CUUUGUCACUUAUCAUCAUUAUCAGUGCACAAGAUGGGUAACGAGAUUCUUUUCAAUUCCCCGGCAUUACACGCCCUUCAAAGACGUCAACUCGUUUCCUUGUCUAAACGUUAUGGUCUCAAAGCAGGCGGCAAGAAUAUCGAUAUGAUACAACGUCUUAAAGACCUCGCCGCGACCCUGGGACCAGACGGUCUCACUUAUAUCCCUCCCUCAACUUCCAAUUCCACCCUCUCUGAUGGACAUCGUUCACACACCGCUUCACCUACACCAGGCGAGUGGGUAGAGAACCUUCCUUCUGAAAUGAACAAACAAACAAGGGAGAAACGUACUUCGGAUCAAUGGGAAGUUUUAUCGGAAUCUGGCGCAAGUCUCAUUUCACCCCAAAAGGGAAUACCGAAAUCGGAUAGUGUACGUUCUUGGAAAAGUGCUGGGAAUGGUGAGAGUAUGAACGAGUUUGGUAUGGAAGUGGACCCCAACGUAGAUGGGAAGAAAACCUCCAGUGUCAAUUCUGUCAAAGCAUUAGCUUCUUCGAUCAAACGUACUGCCUCUCGUCAUUUGCUUAAUUCGAGAAGCGCCUCAACUUCCUCUCGACUCACUGCAACUCCCCAACCUACUUUACCACCUGACUAUCCCGAUGAACCUCAAGAGGAAAAGGAACAACUGAACGACCUUACACUUCCUUCUCCCGCAUCUACCGUAGGCGUCCCAAAGAGACAUUCUACCAUAUCCCUUCUCGAACGCCCGAGUACGAUUCGUCUGGUCGUUUCCCCUACUCCCACCCCAGGACCUGAUGGCGACGACGACCUUCCCUCGUUUCCAAUUGCCAAGAAUAUACAUAAUCUCAAAGAACGUAGAUCCAUGGCUCCAAUCCGUUCCCCACAAGGAUCAUCUACAGGAGUAGGGAACACAGGGCUGGGUCGGAAAUCUAUGCCAGCUCUAUCGGCGAGUACUUCAGCAAGUCUUUCAAGUAUCUAUCCGCCCCUUCCUGCUCUGCAACUGCCCAAAUCAGCGACGUAUACCAUGCCCGGAGAUAUUCCGCCUGUCCCUCCUCUGCCACCUAUGAUAUCUUCAUCUUCUUACCUGCCUCCUUCUGUGACAUCGCCAACAUCGAAUGAGAGGUCAGGGUUGCCCACACCUAAGGGUAUCACUAGGAUGCAGUUCUCGGCGGCUGCUCAGGCCGUAUUACAGGAGAUGAAUGCGAAAUUACCUCAAGAGGCUCAGUUGAAAAGCCAGGAAUUACUGAAAGGGAAGAAUGCAGUCGUGAAUAGGUUGGUUAGUAUCGACUCAUCGGUUGGAGAGGGCGGGUGGGGUCUGAGUAUGAGUGCGGGAGGUAAAGACAGGUACGCUCAAGCACAUC